AUGUCCAGUGGAGCCUUAGGCCGUGGUUCAUUUCACUCGGUUGUAGCCGGAGUGAAUCCGCGCCGCAUCCCUACUUACUACAACUCUGCAUAUGAGCUCAUCCAGCUGCAUCGCGCUCACCGCGAAGUGACGAGGAACUUCCUCAUCCGUGAUAAGGUGUUUGACAAUAAGUUCCCCGGUUGCUCGCUAGCCAACGGUCUCUUCAAGAUGGUUCCGAACAAGAGAGGCAACUUCCACACGCGAGAGCUGACGGAGUCUAUUCGGCAUCGCACAAUAUGGGCACAGCGCAUUCAGCAGCAGCGCACCAUCAACGCGACUAUUCUUGACAACGCCACGAAAGUGCUCAGCCCGGGUCAGAUGGAGGACCGCUUUUCGUACCGCACUCCGGACGCGGCAGCAUACUUUAGCCCACAAGAGUACACGGUGGCCAACAACUGGCCCAACUACUGGCAGCAUCCAACAGAGAAGCAUGUAGUGCCAAGGCCGCGCUGGCGUCGUGAGCCGGAGUUGGGUGGCAUCACGCGCGUGCGUGACGCCGUAGCAACCCCCGUUGCUGAUUAUUAG